GCCAGAGCCGUGUGGCCGUGGCCGACGCGACGGCGCUGCGGGUGAAGUCUCCACGGGGAGCGGUCGCGCACGCCGGCUUACGCCCUGCAAGGCCCGAGCGUGCCCGUGCGCGCGGCAGCUCGCGGCACCAGCCCCUGGAGCAUGCCCCGAGGCCCGCGGGGCCGCUUUGGCGCCGGCGCCAGCCACGCCAGCAUGGGCUGCAGCCUCGGCGGACGGGAGCACGCGGGGCACCAGGUCGCCCCCGGACAAGCAUCCCGGUGAAUCGGAGCCAGGAUGCAGACCAUCCUCGCCUUGGCAGUCGUGCUGGUCCUGGCCGCCGCCAUGCCCCCAGAAGACCGGCAGAUCGGCGGCGGCCUCAGCCCACUCAGUAGCUUGUUCGGCGGCCUCGGUGACCACGAUGAGCAGAGCGGCCAGGCGGGCCAGGAGGACGGCGAGGACACGGAGCGCCAGUCCGUGCUGUGGCGCGCCAUGCCGAAGCGCGUGGCGCCGGCCCCCGCCUCGGCCUCGAGCGGCAGUCUGCGCGAGAUCCUGGGCCGCAUGCGCAUGUCAAACCCCAAGAAGUCAGCCCAGUUCACGCCCACUGGGGUGCUGGCCGAGGGUGCCGACGGCGACAUGAUCUCGGACCCGGGCCCGCCGUCCUACCCUUACCACCAGCAGUACGCCGACGACGGCCUGGGCGCCGUGCCGCGCUACUCCUCCUCGGGCGUGACGCGGGAGAUCGCGGUGCGCCAGGGCCGCCUGGUGGGCGUGGUGCGGACCGUGCCGGGCUUCGGGGAGGUGCACCAGUUCCUGGGGCUGCCCUACGCGGAGCCGCCCGUCGGCAGCCAGCGCUUCAUGCCGCCCGCCUCGCCCAGCCAGUGGAAGGGCCUCAAGGUGGCGGACCGCUUCGGCCACGUGUGCCCGCAGGUGCUGCCGGACCUCACGCUGCUCAACGUGUCGGCGGGCAGGCUGAGCGCCGUGCAGCGCCUGCUGCCCUACCUGCAGGACCAGAGCGAGGACUGCCUCUACCUCAAUGUGUACGCGCCGGCCGCCGCCUCGUCGCGGUCCUCACGGCUCCCGGUCAUCGUCUACAUCCACGGGGAGUCGCUGGAGUGGAACGCGGGGACCCCCUACGACGGCUCCGUGCUCGCCGCCUACGGCAACGUCAUCGUGGUCACCUUCAACUUCCGCCUCGGCGUUCUGGGCUUCCUGCGGCCCGGCGUGCACGACAGCACGGUGAGCAACUUCGGGCUGCUGGACCAGGUGGCGGCCCUGCAGUGGGUCAAGGACAACAUCGAGGCGCUGGGCGGCGACCCGCACUCCGUCACGCUCAUGGGCCACUCCACGGGGGCGGCGUGCGCCGCGCUGCUGCUGGUGUCGCCCGUGUCCAGCAACCUGUUCCGGCGCGCCGUGCUCAUGAGCGGCACGGCGCUGGCGGACUGGGCGCUCACCACCAGCCCGCUGCAGUACACCAUCCAGGUGGCCGAGGGGCUCAACUGCCCGCUGAGCGACGAGCUGGCCGCGUGCCUGCGCAAGAAGCGCCUCUCGGACCUGCUGGCCGUCAAGGUGAUCCGGCCCGACUUCAAGACGCCGUUCGGCCCCGUGGUGGACGGCAGCGUGAUCCCCAACGACCCGGAGCGGCUCAUGGGCGAGUACAGGGAGCUGUUCAGCCGCUACGAGCUGCUGCUGGGCGUCACGGAGCUGGAGGCGUACCACCUGCUCGACGCCAAGUCGCUCUCCUUCGGCGUCCGCGAGCGCGACCGCGACGCGCUGCUCAAGCUCUACACGCACGCGCGCUUCGAGAAGCACCCCGACGUGGUGCUCGCCAGGACCCUCGCCGAGUACGCCCAGGACCCGGCGCUCGCGCACCCCGUGGCCGCCGAGGGGCAGCGCGACCUCCUCCUCGACGUCCUCUCGGACGCGCGCGUCACAGCGCCGGUCGUCCGCACCGCGGAGCUGCACGCCGAGGCCAAGCAGAAGAGCUUCCUCUACGUGUUCACGCACCGCACCAAGGCCAGGAACUACCCCGCCGUCGACAAGUCCGUCCAGGGCGACGAGCUCGCCUACGUGUUUGGCCUGCCACUCACUCCAGCUGCCCUGCGGCCGGGGAGGACCUUCACCCUGGACGAGAAACAUCUGGCCGAGCAGGUCAUCACUCUUUGGACAAACUUUGCAAAAACUGGGGAUCCGAACAUACCUAGAACGCAAUCCCACCUGUACUGGCGAGAAUUUGACUCUCAUUCUAUGGCCUAUCUGAAUAUAAGCAUCCCUUCGUCAGUAGAGUACCGAUACCGAGAGCAGCAGAUGAAGUACUGGAACCACGACUUGCCCGGUCUCCUGCGGAACCCGCAGCCCGCGCGCUGGCCGGACGCCGAUGAGAACGGAGACGACCUCGACGACCGGGACGAUCAGGACGGCGACAGGUCGUACGGCAUCACUCGGCUCUACCGACCGCGGCCCCGAGACCCGUACGAACAGGAGCCGCGUCAGCAAGUGUACGGCACACUCGUGAACGGCCAGGGCGACACCCCGCUGCCGCUCGGCGCCCUGGGCGGCAGGCGCACCGACAUGGACGUGACGGUCGGGGGGCUGGGCGGCGGCCUCGGCGGCGGCCUCGGCGGCGGCCUCGGCAGGGAGCUCGACGACGACCUGGGAGAAGACGAGCCCAAGGUGGCACCGUCAACUCUCGCCUUGUCCGUGGUCGUCGUGGUGGGCAUCUCCUUCCUCCUCGUGAACGUGUGCGCCUUCGGCUUCCUCUACUACAAGAAGAACAGGCUCCGCAUGCAGCAACAGUUUUUCACAUCGCAGUGUCGAGGCGGCGGUCUGGAGGAGGAUGGUGACGACGCGUACACCAAGAAGACCCCGUCAUCGGCGGACUGCGCGUUCGGCUUAGGGGCGUCGCCACUGCCGCCAGCGCCGCCGCCGCUGCCUCCGCCUCACCGGCCGAGCCUCGGCCAGCGCAUCAGGCUGCUGCUGGGGCAGGGGCGCGCGCGGCCGGGGCGGCGCCAAGCACGGGGCGCGGGGGUGGGUGCGCCCUCGGGCACGGCGGGGCCGGCGGGCCACCCGCGGGCCGACAGCAAGGACGACCUGUACGAGGCGGUGCGCAGCGCCAGCCGCAGCACCAGCCGCAUGGGCCGCGUGGGCGUGCCUUCGGGUGGCCACCCGCGGGCCGACAGCAAGGACGACCUGUACGAGGCGGUGCGCAGCGCCAGCCGCAGCACCAGGCGCAUGGGCUGCGCCAGGACGAGUCGCGACGACACCGCCGACGUACAUUCCAUGAGCAAGGUGCGCGACUGGGUGGCCCAGGAGGUGGUGCAGCGCUGCUCGCCCGGCUUCCUCCGGCGUGGGCGGCGGCCGAGCAGCCGGGCGCCCCUGUCCGCGAGCUCGUCCCUGGACCAGCCCCGCACGGCCAGCCCGGUGGCCAAGCCCGCCGUGCAGAAGGUGUCCGUGGCUAUCGACGCGACCCCCGGCGCCAGGUCGUCCUCCGUGCUGCGCCAACUCCCCAUCGAGCUUAGCAAGUCCAUGGACGAGACGACUCGCUGCGGCACUCAGCCCGAGGACGCGCCCAGCACCACGGCGGGCAUGACCAGGUCCACGCCGGCGCUCUGCUCGAGGCCGUCCCUGCAGCGCGACGAGGCCGUGUCGGCCGACGAGCCCGACGGACCGGCCGCCCGCAGGGAGCGCCGACGCAGCACCACGAGCGUCCACCUGGACCUGCAGCCCAGCGUGGUGGACAUCCUCGUGGUGCCGCAGACGUCGCCGCCAGCCUCGCCGCCGCCGCACCUCCACUCGUUCGUCGGGCCUCGGGACGUGAAUGUGACGUCGCGCGACGAGACCGUCCCGGAGCAGUGCGGACCAAAAGAGGCUCUGGACAACAUGCGGCGCAGAAACUUCCCCAAGGUAGUUGGUGCAUUAUCUGGUCGUAUUCUAGGUGGGAGUUCAGUCACAAAGCAGCUACAGGGACGUGCCUGCAAGAAGACAUUGCUUUGA